AUGGGGCUCUCCAAGUCGCAUAGGAUACUGAUCCUCCUGGCCAUUGACUCUGCAUUUUUCUUCCUGGAGCUCAUUAUCGGUUACGCCGUCCAUUCCCUCGCGCUGGUCGCCGACUCCUUUCAUAUGUUGAAUGAUGUCUUGUCAUUAAUAGUCGGUCUCUGGGCGGUAAGGGUCGCCAAUCAGAGAACAAACUCCAAGAUGUAUACCUACGGGUGGCAACGCGCCGAAACGCUCGGUGCUCUCGUCAACGGUGUAUUCCUUGUCGCCUUGUGUCUCUCCAUCUUCCUCGAAGCGAUCCAGCGAUUCGUCGAACCCCAAGAAGUCUCGCAUCCACAGCUGGUCAUGAUCGUUGGAUGCUUUGGACUGGCGUCAAAUGUCCUCGGCCUCUUCCUUUUCCACGACCAUGGACACAGCCACGGUGGACAUUCACACGGACCCAGCGAUUCUCACAGUGCAGCAGAAGAAGGGCAUGCCGGACAUACACACGAUGAGGACGAAGCAGUUGCGGACGAGAGUGGCAACAUUGCAGAUGUGCUCCCAGAAAACAGGAUUGGAAAUCUACCAUCGGCCAUUAGCAAUACUCUACGCAAGGCGAGUGAUCCAACGGGAAGAAACGUCUCAUGGACCCAUUCCCACACCGCGACGAUAAAGCCCAAUUCCAAGCACAAUACUCUGAAGAAAAACCGGAAGCACAGCCGCUCACGGUCGCGGGGAUAUUCCAACAUAGAAGAGAUAUAUGUGCACCCCUCCUCAUUCCGGAGCGAGAUCAUCAACGCCUCUCGAAUCGACGAGGCCGACUCCUCCAGCACGGACAACGAAACGGAAUCAGCCAGUCCGACUCCAAGUGAAGGCGAGGCCCGACCAACCGAAACCUCACCCCUCAUCAAGAGAGGCUCCCACGCAUCACAUUCACACAGCAAGAAAGAUUGGCAUGCGGACCACAAGCACAAUGCACCCAAAGACGGCGCAAAUUCUGGUGGUCAUGGCCACUCUCAUGGCGAUCUCAACAUGCGCGGCGUUUUCCUGCAUGUUAUGGGCGAUGCACUCGGCAACAUUGGUGUCAUUGCAUCAGCACUCUUCAUCUGGCUAACAGACUUCUGGUGGCGCUUCUACGCCGACCCGCUCAUUUCCUUGAUUAUCACCGUCAUCAUUCUGGCUUCUGCGAUUCCCUUGUGCAAGGCGGCCUCUCGAAUUCUGCUCCAAGCUGUACCAGCCGGUAUCUCCAUCGACGAUAUCAAGGAGGAUAUUGCGGAACUCCCUGGCAUUAUCUCCUGCCAUCAUCUCCACGUCUGGCAGCUCUCCGACACCAAGCUCGUUGCUAGCUUGCAUGUGCAGGUCGGCUUCGACUUCAAGGGCGAGGGUAGUGCCAGAUACAUGACGCUAGCCAAAGCUGUUCGAACGUGUCUGCACGAGUAUGGAAUCCAUUCCAGCACCAUCCAGCCCGAAUUCUGCCUCGACAAGAACCACGACCAUGUGGACCAAGCCGAGGCCGACGAGAGCAGCUGCGAUGAUGAGUUCCCGAACGGGGGUGGCAGUGGGAAUGGCACCGGCAACGCGAGUGGCAGCAAAACCGGCAGCAAGACGGGCAGCACCACCGGCGAAGAUGUGUGUCUACUCGAGUGCGGAGAUGAUUGCGAGGGUGGGAAGCAGUGCUGUCCUCAAGACGGGGCGGCGAGGUAG